AGAGAGAGAGCGCGAGAGAGAGCGUUUAAGUGGAUCUUAGUGGAUCAUGGAGCCUGCGGUCUGAUCGCGUGCGUCGGACGCCUCGCACCCGGUUUAUUCGUCUCCGGAGCGCAGCUGGACAGUACUAAAGCUGGAGGAUUGGUACCGAUGGCGGAUCCUCUGCGGAGGACAAUACUAGCCAAACUAAGGGGCAAGAAAGCCAAAGGGAAAGACUCGAGCAGCGCGCACCACCGACCGAGAGAAGGUAAAGAAAAAGUUUCUCUAAAGCACGCAGGUAGAGAGUUUAUGAGAGGUAAAGAGAGAGGUGUUAAAGGGACUCGGACAGCGGAUCCGGUGGCUGCGCUCGGUCGCGCUGCGGCGGACGUGCGCGCGAGCGGGCGCACGGCGCCGAGGGGUCCCGCGGGGGUCUCGGAUCAAAGCCAAGUGACGGAGAUGAAGCGCGUGCACACGCAGCGCGUUCGAGGAGACUCGAUCGGGUUCGGGAGCUGCGAACGCGUCCCUGUAAACGCCAAAAGAGACGCUUUAAAAGUAAGAGAUGUUCCGGAUCUAAAGAGUAAAGCAACAAAUGUUGCGUCGCGCGAGCGACAGGCUGUAGUCGCGAGGCAGCAGCCCAACAGAAUCCCUCAUGUGUUUGAUUACAUAGACGAAAACCACGAUUUAAUUCAGGUCCUAGAAAGUUCACUGCAGUAUCACGGAGAUUUCAGGAUGCCCGCGUUACAAAGUCCCACUUUUUUCCCCACAGAGCUGAAGAUAAAUGUGACCCCCGGUGCGCCCCGACACCACUCUGUCCACAGCGAGGACGACGAUUAUUAUGAUAACCAAAUUCUGCCUUUUUACACGCAAAACCAGGAGACGAUUAACCGAAUCUCUGUAGCGGAACCAUCACCUGUCCAAGCUUUAGAGUUAGGAGCCAAUGAAACUGACCGGCUGAAGACGCAGCUGAAAGAAGCUUAUUAUUUAUUAAUAAACACCAUGCACGACAUCCCGUUUGAUGGUCAGGUUGAAGAUAACGGCUUUGUGGAUCAGGUCAGUAGUUCUAGCGAGUCCCACGAAAGUGUUAGUUCACGCUCCACGGCCAAACACACGGGGAGCGAAGCGUGUCUGUCCGAUGAACGCGGCGGUGCGCACGGUUUUGGGUCAGAUUCGGCUCUCUUUACCGGCUCUGGAUGCUGCCGGAUGGUAUUUAAGGGCAGCCUGCCGAAUAUUUCCACAGUGAGGGUGGAACAGACUCUCCAGAGGUCUCUGAGUGACAGCGGGGUGAAGUACUCUUCCGAGUGGCCCUCAAACGGCCAAAGCCGCCCGGCUGCAGGAGACGACCCGCUACAUUGCUGUGAGGGUCGCGUUUAUAAUGUGAGUAAAGAGUCGGUCAGCGGCUCUGUGGUGCUGUCGGAAAUCCUCCCGGAGCCGGGCACCCAUCAGUCGGGCGAUGCUGCCGUUGUGGCUAAACAUCCGGGCGUCACGGUCAACAAGAUGCAGGAGUGGAUGCUGAAAGGUCGCAUGCUGUCGUCUGAGAUGAAGGAGAGGAUUGGUGGUUCCUCGCUGAGAGCCAGCAGCGGUCAGAUGAGACUUAAAGCCAGCGCUCGUGUCAGCGUGAGCAGAAACGCACCGGCCGGAGCGCAGCAGCAGUCAGUAGCGAUGGACUGUAUGGCUGGGCCGUCCAGCGUAUCUCGUCAUGACCCGUGCACACGUCAACCCCCCAUCAACCACAUCACCGUCUCCAAGAAGCGCAAUUGGCUGCAGCAGAGCUCCGCCCGGCCCGUCCUGCACCCUGAAGACUUUACAUCGCCGCCUGCAGCAGAGGUUGACCUCACGCCCCCACAGACCCACCCUCCAUCCGGCCCCGGGCCGUUUUCAGAAACAUCAUCACACCUGCGACGUCCCAACAUCAAACCCAGUCAGACCUCCUCACAUCCGCCCCGUUGCCCGGACCCAGCCGAGGAGAACGAUGCGGAUGAUGAAGGGGAGAUCUGGUACAACCCCAUUCCUGAGGAUGAAGAAGCUGACCUUCCUCGCUGCAUUCCUAAAAUCAGGGUGGGCCGAACCGAGCCGAGCCUGGGGGCGAGCGGCCGUCGGGUGGCAGGCGAGAGCAUCGGCGGUGAGGUGGGGUGCAGAGAGACGCCACACACGAGUGCUUCGCAUUCCAGCGAAACCGCUCAGCUACAUCGGCAGAUGUUUGCGUGCAAGACACAGGAGGAGAACAUCAGCGUCAGGGCGACAGAGGCAUCUGAGCCAUCCGCCGGUGGGCCGUCUCCCUCAUCCAGUCCAAACCCGGCUAAGCGGAGCACUGCUAUAAACUGGUCCUUCCCCGAUAAAAUAAAAUCACCCCGGACUGUCAGAAAACUCUCCAUGAAGAUAAAGAAACUGCCAGAACUCAGCCGGAAGCUCAGCGUCAAAGGAAACGCAUCAAGCCACGGCCCAUCAGAGACCGGGGCUCAGUCCAGAGCGACCAGGGUGGAGCUCGGCUCCUCUCAGCCCAGGCUGGCGACGGCGCUGGCGAGCGGAAACGUGAUUUGGCACUACCAUCUGGACAGCAGCGUGUCGACACAACACAACUUCGAUAAGAGGCGGAGCAACAGCGGCGGCGUUCCCAAGUCGGCCAGCAAGGGAGGUUACCUCAGCGACGGGGACUCACCCGAACUCGUGGCCAAGUCAGGCAAACACGGCGCCUCGGAUAGAAAGAACGGGACGACACGGGAUCCCGACGGUAAUGCCGGAAAGCUCCCGGGCACCGAGCUGGACAUCGACGCCUUCCGCUCGUACAGUUUCUCGGAGCAGCCCAAGUGUCUGUCGUACAUCUCUGGACUCAUGAGUCUGCACUUCUACGGCGCUGAAGACCUGAAAGCUCCUCGCCUGGACUCCCGCGACGUCUACUGCGCCAUCCAGGUGGACUCGGUCAACAAAGCUCGGACGGCCCUGCUCACCUGCCGCACGGCCUUCCUGGACAUGGACCACACCUUCAACAUCGAGCUGGAGAACGCUCAGCAUCUCAAGCUGGUGGUGUUUAGUUGGGAGUCCACGGCGCGGAGGAAUCGCGUGUGCUGUCAUGGAAGCGUGGUUCUGCCCGCUCUGUUCCGCGUGAGGAAGACUCAUCAGCUGGCGGUGCGUCUGGAGCCUCGGGGGAUGAUUUACGUGAAGCUGAGUCUCAUGCAGCAGAGACUGAACUCUCAGGAUGGAGAUCACCAGCCGCAGGUGUUCGGUGUGGACGCUCGGCGUGUUGUGGAGCGAGAGGCUUCCGGACUCGUGGUUCCGCUGCUCAUUGAGAAGUGCAUCGCUGAGAUCGAGAGGAGGGGAUGUCAGGUGGUGGGUCUGUAUCGUCUCUGUGGUUCGGCUGCUGUGAAGAAGGAGCUUCGAGAAGCAUUCGAGAGAGACAGUCAUGCUGUCGAGCUGUCUGAAAACAACUACCCAGAUAUUAACGUCAUUACAGGUGUUUUGAAGGAUUAUCUCCGUGAGCUCCCUCAUCCUCUCAUCUGUCAGCAGUUGUACGAGUCGGUUCUGGAGUCGAUGUCGAGGAGGCCGCUGCAGAUCGGAGCUGGCGGAUGUGAGAACGAGCCGGCCGACUCCGAACACACCGUUGGUCUGCUGGAGGUUCUGCCGGAGGUCGAGAAGGCAACCCUACGCAAACUCAUGGAUCAUCUGAAGCGCGUGGCCUCACAUCACGAGAUGAACAAGAUGACCUGUCAGAAUCUGGCCGUGUGUUUCGGUCCGGUUCUUCUCAGUCAGAGACAGGACGCCUCCAGUCACGGGAACCGGGUGUUCAUCGACUCGGAGGAGCUGGCCAGCGCUCUGCACUUCAAAAAACACAUCGAGGUUCUGCACUACCUGCUCCAGCUGUGGCCGGUUGUGGACACUCAAGGUAACCCCUCAUCUCCUGCACCCGCCCUGGUGGAGUCAUUUCCGAAGGCUGCCGUGAGAAGAAGAAAAGAUCGUCCACAGGUACUGAAUCUAAGUGAGGCGGAGGUGACCGGAGUCCUGCGACCUCGACCCGGCCGUCUGGACAGUCCCAGUAACCGUUACGCCGGAGACUGGAGUGGCUGCAGAGAGCCGUACCUCCAGCCCGUCUGCCCGGACGACGCCGACUACGCGGAUGUUCCCAACGAAGACCAGCCGGACGUGGCUCAGGAGGACCUGCCGAAGCUUCCCGGAGUCGCGGUGCUUGAAGAAGACUUGCCCGAGGUGGAUGAGGGAACGGAGAGAGACGAGGAGAUGCAGGUAGAGAAGGAAGACAGUGAAGGGGACGAUUGGGUCAGCUUCCAACGGGAGGAAUGUCUUCCCAUCAGUCCCUGCCAUCGGAUCCUCCAGGACCUUGAGGAGCACAGACCCAAAGAGCACACGUAUCAGGCGUUCAUGAAGAUCCAGGAGAUCAGCCCGGUGCUCACCAACAGAGUCAACCUGCGAGAUCUGCAGGAGAGCAUCGACGCCCUCAUCGGCAACCUGGAGAGAGAACUCAACAAGAACAAACUCAACAUGCGAUACUGACAUCCUGUGACUUUACCGGACAUGUUACUAUGGAAACUGUAUGGAGACAUUCCUCGGUCUUGACCAUGUGUUUGUUGAUCUCGUGAUCUUGUUUCUCUUCUUAUUAGAAGAACACAUUAAACCCUGCGGGCAGCACCCGGGGGACUUUAUUUUAUUAAAGUGGUGCUGAUGACGGAGAGAGGUUUUAACUUCUUACAGAGGUACAAACGUAAACGAAUGCACUUAUGGCGCCGCAUGGCAGGGGGUUCACUUCAGGUACACACGGGUGUGUAGUGGGAGAACCACAUACUACGGGUACAUCCCAGGCCAUUAUCCUCUUUCCCUGCACCCUAAACCAGGGCUAUGUGAACUUUAUAUUCCUUCACCUAAUUCCCAAUUUAAGCCCUAAAACUCACACCCAAUGCUCUACGUCCUACACGUUACACCCUCAAACUCACAACCUACAUGUUACACCCUGAAACUCACACCCUAUGUUCUACACAUUUCACCCUGAAACUCACAUCCUACGUCCUACAUGUUACACAGUGACACUGACACCCUACGUCCUACAUCUUACACAUAGUGCCCUGUAGCCUACACCCAACCCCCAUCCAUCCUACAGAUCACACCCUGAGGCUAACAACCUAUACCCUACACAUUACAGCCUAAAAUCACACCCUGAGGCUCACCCCAUACAUCCUACACAUAACACCCCGUAGCUCACGCCCUACAUCUAAAAAAUUAGACCCUAAAGCUCACACCUUACAUGUUUUAGCACACACCAUAUACAUCACUUACUGUAGCUCACACACCCUAAACCCUCCCUUCUGAGAGCAACACAUGCUGCUGGUCUGUUCUUGGCGAUACUGAUGCAGUCCUGUGUUAUUCAAACAGAAUAUUUGAUUGUCCUGCAAAACAAGCUACAGAGAGCUAAACAUGACUAUAUGCUCGUCGUCAUUUGUACAUGAAAUAUUUAAGUAUAGUUAGGCAGAGUUUUUCUAUCAGGAAACCCUAAAUAUCUCACAAGCUGUGUUUGAUAUGUAAGCGUGGGUCAGGUAGCCGAAAUCAUGGUGUGAUCUUCAGUCCAGGGAUAUAAACUCAUCAGUAUUUGACUCUCGCAUGUAUGUAUAAAUAGAGCUGAAAUGUGUUUCUGAUGGCGACACUUCAGUGUUGUGAAUAUUUAAAUGUUCCUCAGCUACCUUGUAGUAUUUGGCCUGUAGAUCAGUCUGAAAUAAGGAAAUCUAUAGAUGUAUAUACAGUUUAUAUAUAUAUAUAUAUAUAUAUAUAUGUGUAAUGAUAUAACCCACAGUGAUGAGAGAUGUUGUGUUGAGAAUAUUUGAGUGUUAUAUGGUUGAAAGCUUUAUGGUCAAACACAAACAGUGUCAUACAGUGAGAUGUAUUUAUGUGUGUAGAUAGAGAUUAUUUUAAAUACAGUGAAAUGCGGCAGCUGCACACGGUUGUAAAUUAACGGUAACGCUUUUAUGAAUAUAAAGCUGAGAUUCUUGAUCUGAUGUGAUUUCUUAGGACAACGGUAUCUAUUAAAUCUGAUGAGGAAUCAUCGAAACAAACUUUAUCAGAAAUGUUUUUUGAUUGGUUGUAGUUGUGUUACAUCACACUCAUGACUGUGAAUCCAGUUAGGACGCCGUGUGAAAGAGCAUCACGCUAGAUUGAAAUGAUGUGAAAUGAUUUCACACUAAAUAAAUGAAACGAGUGUUCUGCUUUAGAAGCCAGUUAUGAAAACCCACAGUGUCAAAACUCGAUUACAGUCAUUAUGAAGGGCUUUAAACUCCCCUAACAAAAAAUAAUUAUGCUUCAAGUUCAUUUUGUUAAUAAAAAUCCACUUCUUUAUCUA